AUGUAAUCUGGACAGCUCUUGAAUUUGUAAAGGCUCGAAAGAUAAUACUUACAGACACUAUCCUAAAAUGGAUGGGAAUCUCCAGUUGUGGUUAAUGCAGCCGUUGAUUUUGCCAACACUUUGUUAAGAGAUGGAAGAUCCCUAUUAAAAUCAGGUAACAACCCUCAAGCAGAGAUGUUCUUCAAUCGAGCAAAGGAAGUACAAAAAUAUAUACUCACAUUUAGAUUACAACUCCGAUUUCAAAUACCAGUGGGAUAUUUUAUACGGCCAAUUUUGUUCGAGCAAGAGGUAAUGCAGUAUUAUAGAUUGUCUAAUUGUAUGAGUAACAAAACCAAUACCAAAAGGCGUGGAUGAAUAUCAAAGAAGUAUUGCCCUUUAUGGAGAAGUUUGCCUACACAAAAAGGAUAAAUAUAAGUGAGGAUGAUCAAAAUGUUUUAAAAAUAUAUGUCUAAUUGCUGUUUCACGGAUGCGAGGUUUGUAGGAUGAUGCAUAGAAAAGAUGAUAUGUUGGAUCAAUGUAAUAAAUAUGUUGAAAUUUUGCAUCGCUUGGGUAUCACCUUCGACUCCUUACGCAAUCUUACCAAAGAUGAAUUUCAUUAAGAAUUCAAAAAAUGGUUUUUGUUGUUGGCUAAGGCUUUCUAUUAUAUUGGCAAAUCGCAAUUCAAAGUUGGAUUUGAGAAGGAAGCACUUCGUAAUCUCUACAAAUCCUGGUAAAUUUUCGAGAUAAUCUAUGGAAUGGAUGCACCUGCUACCAUUAAGGCAAAGGAUAAAUACGAGAAAUUGAGUUAGAAAAUGGAAUUUGAAAUGCUGAUGGAAAAAGAGAAGGUAGACUUUUAACAGUUCAAGGAUGAUAUCCAAAAGGAUGUCGGAUAAGAAUUACUCAAAAAGGUGGGCACACUUAAACCAAACAAAACAUUCAAUGUAUUUAUAUUACACUUAUCACAAGCAUCACAUCAUUCAAUAAGUUAAGUCAUAUCAGCAAAUUGUGGGUCAGCUAUCUUAACACUAAACCAAGUACCAGAUGCCAGAAUAUGUGAAGAAGGUUAGAAUGGAAUACGAGGAUAAAUUGAGAACCAUAUCAUUUCAAUAGAAAUACGACGAUUCCAGCAAUAAAUAUAAGCAAUAUCAAAUCAAGAAUAAGAAGUCCUCAUCUAGAGCGGUCUCCACUUAUAAUCAAUCUCUUUUGCCUCAAGAUCGACUAUUCUCCUCUCCCAAAAUGUCCAAUAACACCUAAUCCAAAAGGACCAGUCUCUAUCAAUUGGACAAUCAUCUGGAUUAAUACAAGUAAAUUUAAUGUAGAUUGUGUUAGAGAACAAUUGCAAACUACAGAGUUGAAGAAGGAUUCAAUCGACGAAUUAUUGCUAUCCAGACCUAUGAUCAAGUCUGAAUAUGUGUUACAUAGAAAGAAAAACGAUAAUAAACAAAACGAAUCAGCCCAGCCUAUAAAAAAUACGAGUAAAAAGAAAUUCAAAUCGAAUAGAUUGAUUCCUCGUAUUCUCAAUAAAUAAAGCACUCAACACAUCCAUAUUAAAUCUGACUCGUAAUAGAGUGAAUAAAAAAUACAUAAGUUAUAAACCAUAUAAGACUAAAACUUCUAAUUGUAAAACGAUGAUCAACAUGACCCUACUACCGAAUCUGUUCUAUUCUAAUAGUAACAAUAAUAGUAACAAAUUAUUUAAGUUCCUUUUAUCUAGAAAGUUUAAACUGAAGUCUCUGAACAAAACGAAAAACAAUUCGCAGAUUUUCUCAAUAAAUACACUAUGGAAUAACUCAACUUGGCAGCUUCUAUCAUUCAAUCCUGCUAUAGGAAAUACACUAAAACUAUCAAGCAGGUUCAAUCUGUCUAAACUAUUGAAUUGACUCCCAUCAAUCUGCAGAAACCCAUCACUGUUACUUAAAUAAGUGAAAAGGUCGAGAGCCAAUAGACGGGUCGCAAUUUAAUGAAAGUUUCAAUGAAGGAUAUGAAAAGCUCUUUUAGAAGAAGAAACUUCGGAUUUGAUUCGAUAGUCAGGGAAAUAAAGAAUACCGAUUCUGACUAAAGUACCUCUAAUAAAGCCAAAACUGUAUGUCUCUUCAUUUUCAUUAUAGUUAUUCUAAAUCAUCAAGGAAUUUUACAAUCUCCCAGAAUAAGAAUUGUUUUUCUUAUCAAAGUUAUACUUUGACUCCGAAAUCAAGAUCUGGAAACUGUCCAAUAUCUGCGUGAGAGCCUAUAGUGAUGCUAACUCUUAAGUUCAAGACACUGAAGAGUAAGAACAAAUACAAAACGAUUUUACCCCUGGCGAAAUUUGUAUAUAUUUUAUAGUGAAGCUUAAUUAGAAAAUUAAUUGCAAUAUAUCAUGAACAUUUUUGCCGAUGUUAGAUCUAUCAAAGCAUUACAAUUGAUAGUAUACUUUAAAUUGUCUAAUGAUAUGUAACAUUACACACUCAAUUUCAAAAUUAACAAUUUUGCUAAUUACUUAGAUGAGUAUCAACGGUGGUUUUCAAAGGAUCGGCUACAAAAUUUUAAUGGUUUGCUAAGUAUAUAUUGCAAGUAAUAAUCUCUUUAUCCAUCCAAUAAAUGUCAAGUUAUUGUGUUUCAAUCAUCUGAAUGUGUUCAGGAAAUAAUUGCCAAACUCUUAUACGCCCUAAAAAACCAUUAUUAUUUGAUUAGAUCUGUUGUCGGGUUUAAAAUAAUUUCAAUGAAAGAUGUAAUAUAAAAUUAAAUGCAACAUGAAAUUAUUGACAUUAGAUCCUAUUACAAAAACAAACAAAUAGAAAAGGAGAACAAAAGAUAAAUGCUUUUGAAACAAUUAAAAAUUGAACCCAUUAAAAUUGUUGAACAUUAAAAAUAAGAACUACCAUCAAUUUCAUCAUCUAGAAAUAAACGACAAUUACUCUUUAAUGAUGAAAUUUAAUGCUCCCGAGAACAAAGCAUUGUAAUUUAAGAAUCAGAUGAUAAUAAAUCUGAAAAUUCAAAAAUUAUCACAUCCCAAUCUCCAUCUGAUCAAAAACAUUACUCCAAUCAUUUACAAUCAAUAGAGAACAUCUCCGAGAAAGAUAUAAUUCAAGAAAUUCCUCUAAGGAAUCCAAAAAAAUAAUAUUCUGUGAUUCAUAACAGAAAUACCUUGACUAGUCCUAGAUUUGACUCUAUUAUGGCUUCUUAAGCAGUGAUCCGUAAUCCUAUUUAAAGAAAAACUCAUGGGAGUCAAUUUUUGGAAUUCUCAAGAAAAUAGAAAAUAGACUUAGUUAAAUAAGAAGAGUUUAAUCUUGAACCUCCAGUCUCCAAAUAAAGUUUGGAUGAAUAUAUUAGAGAUAGAACACAUUCAGAUAUACAAUUUGUCAAUGAUUUUCUAUCAGAAUUUCAGUUUGCCAAUUUGGCUGAUUAUGAGGAAUACCAACCAUAAGAAGGGCCAAUUAUUUCAUUUAAACACUAAUUUGAUUAUAAGUCGACUUACUUUCCCCCUAGAGGUUUAAUAAUUUACCCAGAACCUGAGCCAUUUCUGCCUGAAUAUCCAGAUUCAUUUAUAAUGUUGAAUGUCACUUUAAAGUAAGACAAAUAAAUAAAAACUGGAUUUGUAUUAUACGAAGAAGGUCAAGUGUAUUUGGUAAUUGACAAUAGGGAUGGGAAAGUUCAAAAAUAAAGUAUUUCAAUUGAUCCUGGUAUCAGAUUACCUAGCAGAAAAAAGAAACUAGAAAUCUUGGAACAUUUGCAAAUGAAAAAAGAAACUUCUUAAAAACUGUCUCUAGUUCAAGAAUUGCAACAAGAGAAUUACAGACACAAUUUAAUAAUGCUGUAGAGAUAUGCUAGAAGGAUGCAUCAUUAUGAUGAAUUCAUUUAAAAUGAAAUUCAUUAAUAAUUAUAUAGCAAUCAAGUAAUACCUCCAACAUCUAUAAAAUGUCUGAGUUACUCACAUAAAACAGUUUCAUUAGAAUUGUUAGACAGUCAAAAUAAAACAGAAACUGAAGAGGGUAUUCAAAUAGUAAUUGAAACUGGAAUUGCUCAAUCAAAUGAAGAAGUAAUUGAUGGUAAGUCCUUUCAUUGUUAUAGAUCGAAGUUCAAUAUAAGUAAAAAUAAAUUUUACUAUUUUUAAACCAAUUUAAGUUUAAAAGUUGAAGUUUGCUUUAAGGAAACCAAGAUUCUUGACACAAAACUCUUGUAUCUGAGUGAACAAUAAGCCAAGUAAGAUCUGCUAGUUCUCAAGAAAAACAUGCAUGAAUUGAUCAGUCAAUCAAAGCUGUUGGUCAAGAUUACACUUUACAAUUUGAAUUAGAAUCAAUAUUUCUAUAGAACAAUUGAUUCCCCUCAAGACAUUGAGAAAAUGCUUCAUAUUUUCAUUAAGCCAUAAUUGAUGGGUUAUUAGAUUAAAUCAUAAGCCAAAAUACAAAGAAGAUUAAUAGGAAGGGCAUUGCAAUUCAAUAGAUAAUUAGUGUGCUUAGAGGACAGAAAUAGAGAUAAAUUUAGUGCAUUAGAUUAGUUUUUAUUGAUGUACAUAAUUGAUCCUUUGCAAUUCAUAAAAAAUGAAAACCAUAGAUUGCUAAAAUAGACAAUUCUCUUUUAUUAUUUCAAAUAGUAAUUGAAAUUGACGCUGAUAUCCUCAAGCCGUUUAAGAUAUUUCAUGAAAACGUAUUUCCAUCGCAAGACCUUUAAUGCUCAAAGUAGAGUGAGUAAUAUUGGCAAGGUUUUUGUGGAAUGCGAAGUGUAUUAAUUCAAUAAAUUUUAUUCUGAUUAAUUAACCAAUGAUCACACGUAUUUCUACUUUCAAAUAACUCCUCAAGAGAGUAGAACCAAAGUGUUUAAACUAGUCUUGGACUUUGCUGAUAUCAAAAGUAUCUGUAAUAAGGUUGUAUUGCAAAACUGUUUUAAAGACAAAGUGUUGCACCAAAUCAUUAAAAUAUUGACUGCUUACUUGGUAUGCUACAGAACCAACACUUAUCAUGGAAUCAAAAUUCCAUUGUCAUAUAUUGCUAGUCAGUCCAAGUAUGAUCUUCACAAUACAUUCACUGAAGUAACAUAUGGAAGCAACAUCCUUGAAGAAUAGCAAAAUGGCAGAACUUCUCAUCCUAAAUUGUCAAUCCUAAUCAGUGAUCCUAUGCUCAGAAAAAAGUCUCAAGCCUAGAUUAUGGAUGUGCAAAUUGAUAAUUUACAAAUGCCUGAAGAAGCUAAUAAAGUACUCAAAAAUACUACAAUGUUGACUCCUAUUUUUAGAGGAUAGAAGUUUAUUUACAAAACAACCAAAAUUGUGAAUAACAUGUAUGUCAUAAUCACCAUAUCUUAUUUGUCUCUCAACAAAUUUCAAAUAGGAUUGUAUAUACCUCAAACCUGUAGGAAUUUCAGUUGUUAUAUCUCAUCAAAUGAUUUCCAAAAUAUGAGUCCUGUCUUUUUAGAAUCAAUAUUCCCAUCCAGUCUAGUGACCAAGGAAACCAUUGAUUAAUUUUACAUAAACAGAUGGAAAUUUUCUGAAAUGAACAAAAUCUUUGAAAUGGCAGUCAACCAUCCCGAUGAAUUUGAAGAUUUCUAUAGUGAAAUGCGUAGCUAAGCUAGAGCUAUCCCCCAAUCAGAACUCUAAAAACUAACUGAGAGCAGGGUUUCCAUUAAUAACGAAGAGGAAUUCUUAGAAAAACCCUAUGAUGAAACUCCUAAACUGCUCGAAUCUUUUAGCGAUCAAAGUAGAUAAAAUGCUAGAUCGUCUACUUAACCACCUGCCUUUGUAAAAAAAUAAUUCUCCAAGUAAUUUUCAGUACAGAACUCGAUUGGCCAAUCAAAUCCUAUGAGGUUGUCACUGCCAACAUCUUAAUUUCAAUAGAAGACAGAUAAAAGUUUGUUUUAUAGAAAUAGUCCAAGGAUCUCCCAUUAAUGUAGCAUGGAAAAUCUGUAUUCAAGUGAUAAAGAUUUGUUUUUUAAUCAAAUACUUGUAAGGAAGAACAACCUUGAUAUGAUUUCUACUUUCGAAAUUAAAAUUUGGGAAUCACUUAUUGACAGAGUUUAAAUUACUAAGAAUUCAUAAAAUCGAUUUAUUCUCAAUUUAGAUACCUUUAAGGGAGUCUUAAGAGAAAAUCUAUACACCUAAGUGGUCUAUUUAGGCAAUGAAGUCAAUGCCUUAUUCGAAGUGUUUGUCGAAAAUGUCAGAAAACCAUUUAACAUGUUGAAACCUUAUAUGCCUAUCAGAUUAAAUGAGAGUUAAAACUUUUAGUUGUAUUAAAGAAUCACUCUCUUUGAACAGCCUCAAAUUGUCAAUUUUAAACUGAUGCUGAGGAAAGUACUAUACAGUUAUUAUAACGAUGAAAGGAGGAAUCUGUAGAACUUAAAAUUGAAUGAUUGUAGUGUGGAUCAAUAUGAAUUCAUAGAAUCAGAUAUUUAAAAAUGUUCAGUAUACAUGUUAAAUAAAUUAAAAAAAUAGUUGAAAUUGAAUCCCUCUAAAUUUAUUAUUUAAGAAGUACAAGGAGAUGAAAAAUGCCCAUAAGUGAUUAAAGUCAACGCAAAUUAUCAAUAAUAUUCCUCAUUCAAAGUAUUAUAUUUAUCUUUAUUCUUAGUCCUAUUAAUAUACAUUGUUAAAACGAAUGGUGUUUACUAUGAGACCCACUUUAAUAUAUGUUUCAAUAUUUUAUUAAGAAAAGAAGAAAAAGUUUUGGUUAUAUUUUGAGAGUAUGAAAAAUUGCAAGAAUACAACUGUCAAAUAUUGUUUAAAGGAUAUUUAGCAUUGCAUUCCGAAUGCUAUUGGUUUGUUGAAUUUGGGCUUACAUUAGGAAUUAGGGAAUAGAAUAUUUCGGAGUUUUAAAAACAGACUUUUGGUAUCCACACAUCAGUAAUUGCUAUGA